GCAAAGGAGGGGAGCACAACAGACUUAACUCACGUUAAGCUCCUUUGAGAUCUGGUGGCUUGCUCUUAAUCUUGGUUGCCCGUCUCAGGUUUCACCUUAAUCUAUUCUCUUCUUCGCUGCCGGAAACCGAACCCGACAAACAACGAAAUGGUGCCCGCCACCACCGUCGACGACGACACGCUCCAGUCGGUCCGGUCGUCGUGUGAUCGCUGCCGGUUCUACAAGCUCAAGUGCACCGUCCCGACCCAGCCCGAGUCCGAGGGCCCGUUGCCGUGCGAACGAUGCAGUCGAGCCAAGGUGCCGUGUGUUUUUGGGCGUCGAAGACGGGCGGCGAGGAUAGCCGAAGCCAACCACAAGCUGCAACAACAACGGCAGCAGCAGCAGCAGCAGAUAUCGGCAACGCCAUCGACGGCCCCAGCCAUGCCGACGACCAUGCUUCCCACCCCGCCGUCCCUCACCUCGCCGACUGCGACUCCGGUCACCGACACGACUUCGGCUGGUAGCACGGGUGCCUGGGGUUUGCCGCCGCAGCAGGGCUUUUACUUGGGCGACUUGUACGCCUUGAAUACCACCAAUGUUCCUGGCUACGGUAGCCAGCAGCAGCACCAGAGCGGCGGUGCCAUAUUUCCCUGGGAUUGGUCUCAGCACGGGUUCGGUCUGGACGACACAUGCAUGCUGGAAGCCACCGACUUGAUGGGUAAUAUUCCCCCGGAGCAAGGGGGGACGUCACAGUCGCCAACCCUGUUCGCCAUGACACCGACCUCGAUGCAGCAACAGCCGACGACCGACGACAUAGGCCCCAUGGCUGCCGUCCGCGGGGAUACGAGGCCGGGCGAAGACGGCAGUAAUAGCCCGGCUCCGGGUCUGUGGCCACUCCUCCUUGCCUUGACCGCAGAGAUGCAGCAGACGCUCAAGAUGCUUGAGGAAGGAUCGUGGCGCCUCGGUGGGGGCGACGAGGGGAGUGAGAACAACUUCGACAACUAUCCUGUCGGUACUGUGCUCCACCUCUUGCAGGAAUUCGGAGCCGUCGCCGGCCCGGUCAUCCGCGAGGCAGCCAGUGCCGGGGAAGCGGUGACGGCGUCGUCGUCGGUAAAGGAGCGCAACUUUGCAUCGGGAGUUACUGCCUCGGACGGUGGCGACAAUGUUGAUAUGAGGGAGAAGGGGCAGGCACCGCAUACAUCCGAGCGUGUGUCCGAGGACGUCGAGGCUGCGGGUACAGCUGGGCCUACAGAAUACGGAACAGCGGUAAAUACGGCAACAAUCAUGCUGAUCCUGGGCGGGUACAUGUGCUUGUCGCACAUCUGCAACACCGUUCUGGGGCAUUUUCACACAUACCUCAGUCGCAUACCGUCAGGUGCAAGCUACCCCGACGUCCCGGGUCAAGUUGGUGGCAGCGGUGGUGGCGGCGGUGGUGCAACCAGGAGCGCAAGCACAACGAGCCCAACCCUAAAGCUGGGCGAGCUCCCUUGCUUCAGCGCGGCCCCUGACCUCGGCAAGAUCCACAACGCGCUGAACAUGGUCCUCGCCGCCAUGGGGGGCGUUGAGGAGCAGUUAGGCGCGGGAGGCGUAGUGGCCCGCAAUCUCGUUGUGUCGGCUCUCGUCUCGCACGAGACCGUCGAUGGAACCUACGGCGAACUCGAGGAUCGGUACCGUAAGUUGGACGAAAGGGUGCAAUCAGUUAAACUACUCCUACGGGAGAAAAUAGGCCUCUGAUGGUUUUAACAAAACAUCUUUUAGCCUGGACUUGGUCGGCUGCGUGGG